GUUUCAUUUUAGCUGACCCAUUUGUUUCCACCAUAUAUAUAUUUGCCAAUCUUUUUUAGGGAAGAACUGAAAAAAGAGGAAAGAUCGAAGGCGCAGCAGAUUCAAAAUUGAAUCAAUCGCCCAAUUGGUUUUCUGUCUCGCUAGCGAGUCUGGUCAAGACUGGGCGAAGCAAAUAGGAAAUGGCAAGAAAUAUGGGUCAUCUCUUGAAAUCGUUGAUUGAGCUUCCAGUAUCCAAAGUUGGUUUUUCAAAGAACUCAGCUAGUCGACUCAUUUGUUCUUCAACUCAAGGAGGGCAAAUCAAACAUGAUCAUCCUGGAGAGCAUGAUGCUCAUACUUUGGAUGAGAAGGAGAAGGUUGAUAACAAAAAUGAAGGGAAUCUUGAAGUUGAGGACGACAGUGAUGAAGAGGAUACUUCUAAUGUUAACAAAAAGACUGGUGAGAUUGGAGGCCCUAAAGGUCCUGAGCCCACCCGCUAUGGUGAUUGGGAGCGUGGUGGUCGCUGCUCUGAUUUCUAAUCUUCUUUUCAGCUUUUGAUUCAAACUGUCGUCUUACAGGUAAUGAGUUGCCUAUCGGAUAUGUAGGAGACAAAUACUAAUAAUGUAGGUGCUAGUCAAAUAGUGAUAUUAUUUUUCGAAGUUCUUUUUUUUCUUCUGAUGCUUGAAUAGUGCAAUGAACAUUGAAUAAGAGCAGCUGUUACAUGAUUGUACAACGCGUGAUAUAAUAUAGGUAAAAUGGUCUUGUUAAUUACGAAUUACUGUCUCUAAAUGAUAGUGGCUUUUAGAGGAUUA